AUGAGGGUGCACGGACAAGAGGUGCCCUGGCUUCCGGAAGUCGGUUGUGCCGAGGUAGUGACGGCCGAGCGCCUGCACUGCCCCAGGACGGAGCGACGAGUCCAGUGUCGACUGUCGAGGGUGAUGCACGACGCGGAAGGCAUAGUAGAACCCUCAGAAAACCUGCACCUGACUGACGGUGUGGCAGUCGAGAGGAGCCUCGGCCAGCGGGGCGACCGGUGGGAGGAAGUGUCGGCGGAGAGUCCUGCCACUAAGUGCCUCGUCGACCAGUGGGAGACGCUGCGGUUGGACCGGAUAACGCAGCUGCCGACCGGCGGCGGACGCCUGGCACCACGGCCUCAGUGUGCCGGUGACGGUGGCGGUGGAAAGACAGAGAACUCAGCCAGCGAGCAGCAGACCCAGCCUCAUCGUUCCUUGAACGCUCACCCCCUAACGUCCCUGUCACAGUUCACUACCGUCACCAGCAUGAGAACUCUGCUAGCUCUCGCCGUCAUCACCACCAUGGUGGGGCCAGGACUGGCGAUUAAAUGCUACGUGUGCAACACCCACACGAACGAGUCCUGCGCCACUCUACCCGCGGGGAGAUCUGACAUCUACCUCAAGGACUGCGCAAACCAGGCGGGCGGGGAAAAGUUCAAUAUGUGUCGGAAGCUUGACAUGUACCUGGACAUGGACUUCGGCGAAAAGCACCCCGCUGAGAACCGGAUCCACCGAGACUGUGGCUGGAUGGAGAGGGAGGAGGGGAAGGAUCAGACGAACGACUGCUACUACAAGAGCGGCUACAACACCCGCACGUGGGUCUGCUCCUGCAAAGACGACGGCUGCAACCCCGCCACUGUGCCCUCUGUCACUGCCUUCCUCCAGCCCCUCGCCGCCCUUGUAGCCGUCCUGAGGGGGGCAUAUUAACCUCCCUGUCCUUAUCCCUCACCUUCCUUCUCCUCCUUCUCCUCCUCCUGCUCGUACCUAUCUUGUCGUAUUUCAAACAACUCGCCCACUUUUGUCUCACUUCUUAAAGGUAAUCGUUCUUCCAUUUCCCUUUCUAAAUACGUCUCUUCUUGUUCCUGCUGUGGCUACUGCUGUGUUGUCUGCUCAGCGUCCCCCCAACCUUGCCCCCGCACCUCCCUCACCCCCUCCCUGUGGUAGAUGGUAGUGGAGGCACAUUAGUCCCCCUAGAAGAUAAUGAGGCACAAACUUAGACCUUCCAGGUGCAAAAAAUUAUAUAUUAAAAGAUGGUUCCGCUUUUCCACGAAUCAUUGUUUCGAGUAACCAAGGCAAAAGCCCUUAACGUGCUUCUAUCACUGAAAGACGAACGUCCCCUUCCCGAGUGGCACCACGAGCCUGGCCCUCCGUCAGGCAGUCCAGACCGGCGGCGGCGGCGGGAUGAGCGCUGCUGAACCGCCGGCACGCGACAGCUCAAGGGCACAGUUGUGAUCUCAUAGUCAGAACCUUCACUGUAGAUAAAUUAUACCGCAAGAAUCAACGCCUUUUUCUAUAGUGUAGAUUUACUCUAAUAAUUGUUAAUUGUUGCGACAGAUGACUGUAGAGCGUAUAUAUCGAUAUGCUUUUUAUUUGUUUUAAGUUCUGUUGGUGUUGUUAUAUCUUUGAGUCAAAAUUUAGUAGAAUUAGAAUACCUCACUCUAAAUGCAAUACUGUGUCUGUUGAUCAGAUUUUUCUUUGAGUUUCAUUAUCUUAUGACGCAGCUCAAGUGAGAGUCAUGUUUGAACGAGCGUAUCAGAAACUUUGAGCCACACACUUCAUCAGCUGGACGACCGUGUCUCCCACUCUGGCCGUGACACCGUGGUCGACACAGGAGUGAAAGGGACCUCGUCGUGUGCUUCCCCGCCCGGCCUCAGCGGCGCCCGGCCGUAGUGGCCCGCCAGGCCUGUUAUUGAUCGUGUCUUCGCCUGGAGGUCAGAAUCAAAAUUUCAUGGUGGUGAUGAGAAAAAGCGGGAUGCUGGAGACUACACUCUUAUUUUUUUUCCUCACACGAGUAGAAAAUGCUGAAAUGUUUUGUCAAGUGAGAGCAGUGUGAGGAGGGCGGAGUAAGGGCGCCGCGAGGGGCGAGGGUACAGGGUGUGGGGUUGGACCUGCCGCGCUUCACUACCAAGGCCGACUUUACGAGGGAAGAGGAGGUUAUUUCAGAAAGAUUAAUAUUUCUCGUCACACAAAUCAUACUGUGACCAUCCUGUGAGUUUUACAAAUAAGUUGAGGAGACAAAGUAGGAUGGGUUUUAGGAAGCGGAUCCAAAGCGAAAAUGGUGCUCAUUUUUUUCCCAGACUGUGUUUAUCUGUUGAGGUUUACGUCAUGGAGGCAGCAGCAGUAUGGCGGACUUUAGGAGGCGGAAUUAAUUUAUUUUUCUGAGAAUUUUCUAUGGGAGGUGAGGGAAGGAUGUAAGACCUCCACAUACUGCAUCUUCGUGAGAACUGAUGGAACAGUAUGUAUUUGCUCAUUGAGUUAAGGCAAGAGGGGAAUGAGUGAGUGAAGAGUUGGAGAGUCUGAAUCCGGCACAUUAUAUGUCCCCUGUCAAUCAGCCAGGUUGUAUUACUAGUCACAAGUACGUAUGAAAGGGGGGUUCCAGGAUUGGCAACUACGGACAUUAGAUUUGUUUUUGCCUAGAUGUGACCUUGUGCCCCAUUACAUGAACAUAGACCUAAUUUUGAAAGAAAUACGGAGGGGACGAAAAGAGUUCAGAAGAGUCUAGGAGUAUGCUCAACAGGAGUAAGACACUAAGCAAUAAGAGUACAAGCUAGAGUUGGAGAUGAUGGAUGUAAAUUGUUGUAGAUAAUUUAUGAAGACACCUUGCAACAUCCUACCCAUAUCAUACAUUUCUUGGUGUCUGUGAGAGAACGUUCCUUCGGAAACUACUGUGCAGCAAAGCGAAAUGAGCGAUUUAAUGACACCAGUCAACCAGGUGAUAGCCAGCGGCAAGUGAGGGCUGCGUCCUUCCCGGUGGGCGUCGUUGGACCAUUCACGUCCUGAGGUGAGCGAGCUGGGCCUUCUGACCCGUGGCCUCGAAACCCUCAACUUUGACCUUAGGACUGUUCAAACGUAAGAUAUCAACUAAUUACUCAUCAAAUGUACAUACUUAUUUUUUGCAUAUUAAAGGGAGCAAGCUACACUUUAAUUACUUAAAAGUUGUCUAGUAGCAGAAUACGGCGAUCUUGAUGAAUAUUUAGUUUCGAUCGUCAGACUCAAGGUGGCCAGGGCCAAGAUUUGUAAAAUACCAGGCUUGUCCACGCACACGCAGAUUAGGUGACUUUACGUUCGGCGGACUGGGAGAGGAUGGGAAGCAGAAAGGUUCUUUAUCAACCAUUCGCCUACUUUGAAUUUUUCAACAAUAUCCCUGAUCUUUAACUGAUGUUAUGCGUAUUCAACCUCAAUGUAAUAUUCGUACAGUAACAAUAUAAAAUAAUGCAGUGUUUUAGUUUACAGUCACUGUACAAAUUACCGAAGUAACGCGUCCUAUCUCUUGCCAUCGGUGACGAUAUGCGCACAACGGAAAAAUGUUGAUUUGGUCGUGCAAGACCUGGUAUAUUAUAGACCUCGGCCACGGCUAGGUUCCCUGACAGCUCGCAACAUGACCCAAACUUGGACGCUAUGUCGAGAGUAUUUGAUGUGAGUCGUUCACUGUCACUGAUAUGAAAGACAUUGUGUGCAACGAAUAAUAGGUACCGAGAGUGAUAGGUAUAUGAAAAUACAUUUCCAUGCGAGUGUGUGCUAGGAUAUAGGACAAACCCUUGCGUGCGUGGACUCCAUGCCAGUCUUAGAGGGCACUUUGUAAACUAGACUGAGAUACCUCAACACGUACACGAACCACAGCACCAAUGAGUCCAGCCAAGGAUCCAGCGACGGGCGGGAAUACUAGUUUACUCCGUCUAAGAUUUGCGUCCGUAAACGAGAGGAGGCAGUGCCGACGGGCGGUCGUCGGCACGGUGUGCUGACCACCUGACGUCGGUGCAAAUUUGUGCCAUUGCUGUUCCGAUUGUUCAUCGUCAUGUUGGACUCUAUCUUGUGAAAUACUAUUUUGUAUUGGAAGAUAUUUUCAUAACAGAGAAAUAUCAAUAAUUGAGAAAGACCAUCCCCUGUAAAAGUGUAAAUUAUUGCCGUUGAAGUUUCAGAUAUUAAUAAUGUUUUCUUUAUAAUAUUAUUCUUUCCUUGCAUGUAAAUAAAAGCUAAAUAGGUGACUA